AUGGAAUUUCCCAUACUUUUUUCAACAGCACCAAAUUCUGCUGUUAAUAUUGCAUCACAAGGGCAGUGGUAUGAGGGAGACUGGUAUUGGAAUGUGGAAGUCGGUUCAGGCAAUUUGUCGUCUUCGGCGUUGGAGGAACAAAGGAAACUGAUGUGUAUAUUAACAGAGCUGAAACCAAAUCCUUCUUUGCAGGAUACAACAAUUUGGUGGAGAGAUUCGAUUGGAUUUUCGGUUAAAGCGGCAUAUACAAGACUGCGGGCUAUAUUGAAUACAGGUUCAGUUCUGAAUUCUUCUCUUAAGCAUUGUUUUUCAGUUCUGUGGAAGGUUCCUAUUCCUUCGAAUAUUCAGUUUUUCGGAUGGAGGUUACUUUUGGAUCAACUUCCUACGAGAUUUCAGCUAUUCAGAAGAGGUGUCGGUGACCAUCUUGGCGUCGUUUGUCCUAUGUGUUUUGAAGAUGAAGAAUCAGCGGUGCAUCUAUUCUUUCAUUGUAGAAUAGCGGUUCCAAUUUGGUCGGGAGUCUUUGCUUGGUUGGGAAUUCCAGCAGUGGUUUUUCCGCAGUCGGUGAUGGAGACUUUUGAUGUACCAAUUGAUCUUUUGCAGGGAAUAUUCAAGAAAAAACUUCGGAAGGUAUUAUGGUUUGCUGUGACUUGGAUCAUUUGGUUGUCUAGGAAUGCGAUUAUAUUUGAUGACGUUAGAUUGGAUAUUCCGGUGAUUAUUUCUCAGAUUAAAUCUAUCUUGCGGGAUUGGUUGGGUUUUUAUAAUAAUUGUAGGAUUGAUGUAGCUAGAGAGGAUUGGAUUGUUAAUCCCGUCGACUAUUUUUAUUGGGUCGGAUAG